CGUCUAUGCUUGUUCACCCACCAUAUUUCAAUUUUCUUCUCACAACGAGUGCCAGCCAAGCCAAGCCAAGCCAAGCCAUUAUCCGAUCCGAGUGUCAACAACAUACAGUGGCAGCACCCCCUUGUCUUGUCUUGAUCAUCACAUAACACAUUUCUCCACACUCCAAUUCAUCAAUCCAAUCCAAUCCAAUCCUAGCGUCAUGGCUGACGAACCCACGUAGUACUCUUUUGAACUCACCCCCACAACACAUCAGUUCACAGUUACCAAUUAAUAAGCGAGAUCGAGAUAGAGAAAGUUGCUGCUGCUGAAACACUGCUCAAUCAUCAUCACUCACGCCAUAUAUACAUACAGAACAGAACAUACAUACUUCCUCGCCUCGCCUAUACAUAAAACAAAUACGUAUCUCAGAAUAAAUAAAUGGGGCAGGGGCAUGGAGUCGGCUGCACCGCCGCCGGAACACUGGACGAUUCAAGAUUCAACGAGCCCAUGCCCUGGAUUGGGCUGUAUGUGGUGGCAGCCUCUGCAGCCUGUGCAACAGCCAUGGCCCUUGACGCCUUUCACGGCUUCCGUUACCGCAAGUUCAUGUUCCCCUGCAGAUUCUUUGCUCUCAACGCCACCACCCUCGCUCUCAUCAGCGUCGCCGUCAAGCUCUCCCUCGACCUCAACACCUCCAUGCCCCGCCCUCACGAUCAACUCGCCAAGCUCAGCAGCACCGCUUUCAUCUGCACUGCCAUACCCAACUCCAUGCCUUCCCUAGGGAAUAUGCAAACCAAGGAGCUUGUGAUGAACGUCGUGGCCCUAGGGAUCCUCGUUCUCACCCUCCUCGUAAACGUCUGCAUCCAGCUCGCCACCGGGGUCAUCUAUGUGUUCUGGGUGGAGCACGCUGUCAUCAUGUUCAUCAUCCUGCUUUUGUAUGCAAUCCUAGUCUCUUCCUCGUUGGCAAUUCCCGCGACCAAGUAUUACUUUGAUCUCAAGUACGCCAAACAGUAUCAGAUUGCGACUGCAAUUGCAACUGCAAAGAAGGAGAGCGAGUGUGGCAUCUCCUCCGGCACCUCGACAACAAGAAAACUGCGAGACGAUCUCUUGAGAUACUGGAUGAUGGCCCAUACCUGCAACCCCCAGUUUGUGAUGGGGCGUCUCGCAACUUGCACGGCCUCGGGAGCGUUUUGCCUCCUCAGCGCUGCAACUUUGGCCGAAGCAAUGCUUCGCACUUACCUCAUGCCAUGGUGCUUCACAUUCUGUACAGGCGACUCGGAUUACAAGUGGUCCGCUGUGAUGAUAUUAGCAACUCAGGCUAUCGCAGUGGUGGUAGGUACGAUUGCCCCGGCUUCCAGGUGGUUCACAGCCAUUAGUUUCAUGUGCCCGUGCACGGAGAGAAGCAGGAGGAGGCCCAUUGGGUUCUCUUCGGUGGAGGCAUACUGGGUCAAGAAGCUCUGCAUGCUCAAGGAGUAUCCUUUGGAUCUGAGGCUAUGUCGGGGGGGGCAGCACCAGCAGGGUCGGAGAUUCGUGCAUAACACUAAGAACAUGGUCGUCGAUCUAUGCAUCUUGAUCCAGAAAGGAAUGGUGGUGCUGAGCAAGGCGGUCAGGCUAAUAUCAAUCAUGAUUGCAAGGCAGUUGCUGACGAUCCACCAAAUCGGCAAGAAAGUUUUCUGCUUGGUUCCGUCCAAGAACACUAGUGCAACAACAACUUCUUUUAACUGUGACACAGAAUUGGAUACCUGCAACCUUGAUCUCAGCCCCUAUGUGUUGCGCCUUGAAGGAGAGGAUGAGCUGACGCAUUUGAUGAUGGAGUCGGACAGGGGUGCCACCGGCCAUUGGAUCAGAAUGGGGAGAAAGAGGCAGCCAAAGCAUCUCAUGCAACUCCUGGACAAACUAAACCUGCGGGGGGGAGUAGGAGACUUUGAGGGGGUGCACACGUUUGACAGCGAGCAGGUCCCCAGCCUGGAAUCUGAGGAGCCUCCAAACAGUUGGGCACUUCCUGUGGUGACACUAACGAGCAUUGCAGCUGCAACCAGUGAGGACUUCCGCUCCGUAGCUGAGCUGAUCAAGGGUGUGCACGAGGGCCUCAAGUACAUCAGAAUUGUAGAAAGCAACCUCGACAUAAAGAGGGACUUGACACGCAUCAGGAAAGCCGCAGAAAUUGUGUGGAAUGGAGUUGACCUCCACUGCAAGUGGCUGGAUGUGGAUCUCCGUGAGAUGGCACUGCAGGGAAGAAGCCAAAGAGAAACCAUCUCAGCACUCUCUGACGUUGCCAAGCACAAAUUUAUGGAGUUGAGGAAGACUGAUGCAAUCGGUUGUUUGAGUAACAUCCCCUCGACAAAAUGGCCGUUCAAGGCUGUGGCGACCAAUUCCAUGUAUCGAAUAUGCCAAACUCUCUUGCUGCCAACUGAGAACAGUUGUUCAGAUGGAAGCAAUGGAGUAUUGUUGCUCAAUAAGCUUACUGCUAUGAUCACAGACAUAAUAGGGGCCACUCUUACCAACUUACAGCAUGCAAUAUCAGUAAAAUGCCAUCAAAGCAGCAUCGAACAGAGAGAGGAAUGCGCCCGGUCUGCGUUUCUUCUUCUAGGUAAAACAGAGCACAUUUUGGAGAUCCUCAGCGGGCAACAACUUCCAAGUUCGGAUCCACAACAAAUGGCAUGUAUUAAUGAAUGGCGCGCAGCAUUGAGAAGACAAAGAUUUCUUCGUAAAAGUGGCAGCAAUUCUUCUUCUUCUUCUUCUAUUAACAGUGACUCCUCCUCAGAUUUUACAACAUCAUCUGCAUCCGAGUUGAAGCUAGACAUCAACAUCAACGUUUGACAGUAUUUAUUUAUUUAUUUGGAUGAUGGCACCGCAACCACUGCUCAGCAUUCUCUUCUCUUAAUUUGCAAUUAUGGAGACCAUGCAGGUGUGGAUACAUGUUGAGUGGCGGUGGUGUGUAUCAAUCAUAAAUAUCGUCCGGCCAUCCAUCCAUCCAGUUGAGGAGAGCAGAGCAGAGCAGAUCAAUGGUGGUGAAGCAAGAGGAGGAUGCGAUUGUAAGCAACAAUUCCCAGCAGCUUGUUCACAAUCUCCGUGGGGUGGAAAUUGUCGAAGAAGACAUGCAACAACCUGGAACCGCAGACUUCUCCUUCUUCUCCGUGCAGGCACAGCCCUGUUGACUUGGAAACUUUGCAGCAUGGUGUUGCCAGAAACCCUAAUCAGUGUCAUCCACAUUAAUUGAUCUAAUUACCUAUGGCAUCAUUCAUCCCUCCAUUCCAUUCCAUGCACCCCUAUCUCUAUUUAUCUCUUUAAAUCGCUCAUAAAUAUGAAUGAAUGGAUGAACUUACCUGGUGGGUUCAAAGCAUCCUCCGGUAUCACUGCAUAUUCUGCAUCCGCAUAUUUACCGUUCAACUCUCUCACAAGGACCCUCAGCUUUCUGUUAAACAGGGCCACAGCUUGGUUCAUGGACUCGUUGCAAUUAAGCCCUCCUGACAUCAUCUCCGGGAUGCAACCUAAUGCGUGAAGUGCCGAAACAGCUACUUUUCGUGACCCUAAAUGGUACAACUCCUGCAUUUCAGUAGCUAGCAUUGUUAAAGUUGAGUUACUACUACAAGUACAACUACUGCAAGUCACUUGGUCAGCCAGUGCUGUGCUGGAAUUAGUAAAAUCAAGGAAGCAGGGCAACCCCAAGUUGGCGAGAAAAUUGGUGGAUCAAUUCAGCAGCGUAUUCUGGGGGACUAUACAAGGCACUGGUGUUGUAGUGGUGAGGCAAGAAGUAGUUGUUUAUGUAGUCAUUGCUGCCGACAUUGAAGUAGUAGAGGCAUUCUCUGAGGUGCGCUCUCGCUGCACUCUCGUUGCCUACCAACUUUGUCACCUCUGAUACUCUGCCUCUGUGAUGUUCCAGCUGCUUGUCCAAGAAGAUCCGAUCCCCCUGCAUCAGCAUCAGCAUCGGCAUCGGCAGCAGCAAGUUUGUGCGUAUCACAGCAACACACACACACACACCCCCCAAAUACAAUCAAUAAAUUAAUCAAUAUUCACUGUAACACACAUAUAUACAUGCAUGAAGUGGAUCACAUAUAUGAUCAGUUCAAAGGAACACAAACAAUUAAUCCCAAUUAUAGUUAUUGAAAGGUUGCAUGCAUGCAAUUAAUGCGGGGUGGGUGUAUGUACCAGAUGCUCUCCAGUUUCAGCUCGAAUUCCUGCUGAUCCAGAAGCAUAAUUUACACCGGUUAGGAUGAUGUCGGGGUUGUGAUCUUGCACUGAUGCAUUAGGUGGAAUUGGAGUCUUAAACCCCAGAUGCUCAGCUGCAUGCACUCCAAUCAGUUAAUUAAUGGAGUACCAAAUCAUAUUGGGUAUUAUGCCUAGCACCUAUCCACCACACACAUCUAAGCUAAUUCUUCUAAUGCACAUGCAUUCUA